UUUUCAAUCAAACUCCACAUCGUAUUCAACCAACUCUUUAGGGUUUGAUAUGGACGAUAACAAGCGAACGCCGGAUUCCGGUGGAGGAAGUAGCCGGAACACUGUUUCCGGUGGUUCACGGAGGGUUUACAAGCUGCACUCAUAGAAUCUGCAAAGAAAUUACUUCCUUUACGGGAACAGGUCAACCCAAAAAAGUCAAAAGAUCUUCGAACCAAAAGGUUACAAAGGGAAAUGGAAAAUGCGAGGGCUUUAGAUCUUGAUUCUUUGAAAACUGUGACAUUAGAGCUUAACAGUGCUAAGGAUUCAUUGCAGAAAGUGUUUGAAGAAGAAAGUUGGUUAAAGAAGUUGUUGGAAUGUUUAAAGACUGAGCUUGAGAACAGUAGGAAAGAGCACAAAGAAUUGAAAGAGAAAGAAAUCGAAACCGAAUCUGUUGUGGGGAAUCUGAAUUCAAAGUUACCGGAUGCUUUUGAUGAAAUGAUGUUGACUUUUCAACAGAUGAUUUCGAAGAAUGAAAAUGCAAAAUGGGAAUCAGAAGAAAUGAAGAAGAAAGCUGAAGAGUUGAAGAAAGAAGCAGAAGCCAUGAGUGAGUACCUGUUUUCGGUUUUUUUAUUUUGGAUUUUGCUUCAUUGA